AUGACUGUAAAGAACGUUGCCAACUCCCGCAUCAGCUCCAAGAGCUUCAUCGAGAAGCCUCUGGACGACUUCGUCCGAUCUUUUCGUACAACAAGAAAUGGCAAAGUUGAAAAGAAGGUUCAGAAACGCCACAAUCAAUUUGUACCCAGAAGAAACAAAGCUCAACACAAAAGCCAACAACCACUUUUGACUCGUAGAACGACCAAGAACGUCAACAUUCCGCAGAAACGGCAGCGAUUCAACAAGAAUUUUGAAAAGAGAACAGUUCAAAGAAAGAACUAUCAAAAUGGCAACUUGAAGACUAUUGUUAUUGUUAAAGAUGUGCCAGUUACAAAGCGUUUAGCAAGACAAAGACCGGACCGUUUCGAAAAAAGAACAGAAACACUAAGGACAACCUUCAAGUCAAAGAAGACAGCCAAGCCCAAAAUGUCUCGCGAACAACUUGAUUCUGAACUGGAGGCAUACAUGAAAACCUCUACAAAAAAUAAUUGA